AAUCAAAAACGCCACUCAUUAGCCCUCACUAAUUCUGAAUUUUGUUGGUUAAAUCCUUUUAGCCGUAGGUCUCAUUUUCUUCAUUCACACCCUUGCAUGAGCUGUCCCGUCCCUUUUUCACGCCGUCGAUGUGAUACUCCCCAAAAAAUCAGCCUACAUUCCAAAUCUUCCACCAAUCCCAAUCAAUCUCGAGAAAAAAGCAAUAGCCCGCUAUAAAUUCUCCCAAAGAUUCACAGAUUCUAACCCUAGGUCCAGAUUCGAUUUUCUAGGAAAGGGAAAGGAGAAGGGUGAUGGAAAGGUCGAGGGACAGAGGGAGGUCGCCGGAGGACGGUUAUGGCCGGAGGAAGGAGGAAGAAGACGACGAGAAGGGGGAAGAGGAAGAAGGGAAGGAGGAGUUGUCGGUUGAGAAGGUCUUCGAGAGCAAGCAGGUGCCUUCGUGGAGGGAGCAGCUGACAUUGAGGGCUGUGGUGGUGAGCUUUGUGCUCUCUGUUCUGUUCACAUUCAUAGUGAUGAAGCUGAAUCUCACCACCGGGAUCAUCCCUUCCCUCAACGUCUCUGCGGGUCUCUUGGGCUUCUUUUUCUUGAAGACAUGGACCAAAUUCCUCGAAAAAUCUGGCCUCCUGCGCCGGCCCUUUACUCGCCAGGAGAACACAGUUAUUCAGACUUGCGUCGUUGCCUCCUCCGGCAUCGCCUUUAGCGGGGGCUUUGGGAGUUAUUUAUUUGGAAUGAGUGAAGUUAUUGCCAAGCAAUCUGAAGGUAGUGGUGAUUUCAAGAACCCAUCUUUGGGAUGGAUGAUUGGCUUUCUAUUUGUUGUUAGCUUUCUUGGUCUCUUCUCUGUGGUGCCUCUACGGAAGAUCAUGAUCAUAGACUUCAAAUUGACAUACCCCAGUGGUACUGCUACUGCGCAUCUUAUCAACAGCUUCCACACUCCUGAAGGAGCCAAGCUGGCAAGGAAACAAGUCAGAGAACUGGGCAAGUUCUUUUCUUUCAGCUUCCUGUGGGGUUUCUUUCAGUGGUUCUUUACUGCUGGAGACGGUUGUGGAUUUGCAAACUUCCCUACCUUUGGACUCCAGGCAUAUAAGAACAAGUUUUAUUUUGAUUUCUCUGCAACAUAUGUCGGAGUGGGGAUGAUCUGCCCCUACAUCAUAAACGUAUCUGUUAUGCUCGGAGGCAUUCUUUCAUGGGGUCUUAUGUGGCCUCUUAUAGAAAAAAGAAAGGGUGAUUGGUACCCUGCAGAUGUAAGCCCAAGCAGCAUGCAUGGCAUUCAAGGAUACAAGGUAUUCAUUGCCAUUGCAAUGAUCCUUGGUGACGGCCUUUACAAUUUCUUCAAGGUACUGAGCCGAACCCUUUCAGGCUUGUUUUACCAACUCAGGAACAAAGAUGCAGGCUCUGCUCUCCCUGUUGGUGACCAGUCUUACCCUGCGAGCUCCUCUCUCUCAUAUGAUGACCAACGCCGAACCCAGGUCUUUCUCAAAGAUCAAAUUCCAACAUGGUUUGCUAUUGGAGGCUACAUCAUAAUUGCUGUCAUAUCCACCAUCACACUACCUCAUAUCUUCACACAGCUUAAAUGGUACUACAUAUUGGUCAUCUACAUAUUUGCACCAACGCUAGCUUUCUGUAAUGCAUAUGGGUGUGGGCUCACUGAUUGGUCCCUUGCAUCCACUUAUGGAAAGCUUGCCAUCUUUACAAUUGGGGCAUGGGCUGGUGCAUCACAUGGCGGAAUCCUUGCAGGUCUGGCUGCAUGUGGAGUUAUGAUGAAUAUUGUCUCCACGGCCUCUGACCUUACACAGGAUUUCAAGACUGGCUACCUAACCUUGGCUUCGCCACGCUCCAUGUUCGUGAGCCAGGUGAUUGGUACAGCAAUGGGUUGCGUAAUUUCCCCGGCUGUCUUUUGGCUCUUUUACAAGGCCUUCCAUAACUUUGGAAUUCCUGGAAGUGAAUAUCCUGCCCCUUUUGCUCUGGUGUAUCGGAACAUGGCUGUGUUGGGGGUUGAAGGGUUUUCUGCUCUGCCAAAGCAUUGCCUCACGCUUUGUUAUAUUUUCUUUGCCGCAGCCAUUCUCAUAAACUUGGUUAGGGAUGUUGUUGGUAAGAAAUGGGCUCGGUUUAUUCCAAUUCCAAUGGCAAUGUCAAUACCAUUUUAUUUGGGAUGCAACUUUGCCAUUGAUAUGUGUGUUGGAAGCUUGAUACUAUAUGUGUGGGGAAAAAUCAACAAGGCCAAAAGAGACGCCUUCGGGCCUGCCGUAGCUUCUGGGCUGAUUUGUGGGGAUGGCAUAUGGACUCUGCCCAACUCAAUACUUGCUUUGGCAGGGGUUAAUCCACCAAUCUGCAUGAAGUUUCUGUCGCAAGCAACCAACACCAAGGUUGAUAAAUUCUUAGGGUCUUAGGCUCUUCGCCUGAAAGUUUAGCUUAUAUUAUAUAUGUGAAUGUAACAUCAAGUAUUUGUUUCUUAGUGUGCCCUUCGUAGUUGUGAAACAUUCCUAGGAGUCUUUAUUUAUUAUAUCCUUUAGUUGCUCGCUGGGGCUGAUGACAGAUCCCUGCGACACAAGGCACAGAUUAUAUAAGAAUAUGUUCAUAACCUUGUGAAUUAUAUAAGAAUAUGUUCAUAUCCUUGUGAAUAA